CUCCCGGUGCCUGGGCCGGCCAAGGUCGUCUUCAGGCGGCAGUCCCGUAGACACAGGGGCGCCCGCGCGUAACGAGGGGACAAACGGCGGCAAGCGGCGGCGCAGCUUGUUUCAAGGUCGGCACAUCCUGUAGGCCAAUUGAAGGGACGUGACUAACAGAUUCCUAGUUUUUGCUCUCCCAGUCGGCCUACCACCCCUGGACCAGCCCAAAGCCGAGUCACGGCCGCACCGCAACUCGCCAGCUUCCGCGCAACAGCUGCGCCGCCCUCGCCAGGCAGCGUGAUCUCCUAUAUCUCCUGCUGGCGGGUCAGUGGUUCCAGCGGACAAGAUGCUGGGCGUCUCCACCGGCCAGCUUUUGGUCAUCCUCGGGGCCUGCUCCGUGAUGAUGAAGCCCAGUGACAUGAUCAAGAUGGCAAGGGUGGCAGGGAGGAUGACCGGGAGAGCGGUCGGUCGCCUCAUGCUCUAUCGCCGGCAGAUGGACGACAUCUUCGAGCAGACUGCAGCGAAGAAGAUUAAUACGGAGCUUCAAGAUGCCAUGUCAAAGUUACAAUCAAUUGGUUAUGAAGUUCAGAACUUGUCUAGAAUAACUCCUGGCCAGUUUAUCAAAAGGCAGCACAACACCGAGGGCAUGACUGAAGCAGGAACAUAUGAUGGUUCUGCAACUCAGUCCGGAGAAUUUCGUGAUGAUAUUCGCAGUAUAAUUCGUGAUGAAAUUGAGAGCUUUUGUAGAAAAAAUCCUGAUCAAUUUACCAGGAGGUUAAAUAAUCCUGACGGAAUUCAGAACUCUGAACAAACAGCUGAAGCUACAAAAUUCGAUGUAACUAAUAAAUAUGCAAUGACAUCUAAGGACAUGGAAUCAGCGAAUACAAGCUCUACAAAUCUGCACAGCCAAGCAAUGAUGUAUGCCAAGCUAAGUGUAUCCGAAGGAAUUAAGAUGAGUUCUUCCAUGAGUGUGAGUAAUGGAGAACAAUUCAAAGAGAGCAAUGGACUGCUAAAUGUACUCCCAAUAUCAGCUGAAACUGCUGGAUUGCUUCCAAAACACACAGGUGAGCCUAAAGGUUCAGAUAUACUCCUGGAGGCUGUGCUUGAAGCAGAGGUUGCAGAGAACGCUAAAUUUUUCGUCUCACAGCCUCAUGAUCAGUUGCCCAAGGACGAUCCGCAGCGAAGUGCAUCUGGCUCGUCCAUCACAACAGCGGCGAACGGCUGGUAUCAGUCCAUGUCACGGAUCCGCGGCACGACCCCUCCACCAAUCAGCGCCCACCCCUUCCAUCCUUUAAAGCUCUCCAUCCCCUCUCGGUCUCGCCACAACCCAUCCCCAAUUCCCCACUGGUUCUCCUACCUACCAGCGAAACCCCACCUCCCCGCACCUCCGACCUUCGUAGCGGCAGCAGAAUCCAUGGCGCCCAAGGCGGAGAAGAAGCCGGCGGCAAAGAAGCCCGCGGAGGAGGAGCCCGCGGCGGAGAAGAAGCCCAAGGCCGAGAAGCGGCUGCCGGCGGGGAAGUCCGCCGCUGGCAAGGACGGCGACAAGAAGGGUAAGAAGAAGGCGAAGAAGAGCGUGGAGACGUACAAGAUCUACAUCUUCAAGGUGCUGAAGCAGGUGCACCCGGACAUCGGCAUCUCCUCCAAGGCCAUGUCCAUCAUGAACUCCUUCAUCAACGACAUCUUCGAGAAGCUCGCCGGCGAGGCCGCCAAGCUCGCCCGCUACAACAAGAAGCCCACCAUCACCUCCCGGGAGAUCCAGACGUCCGUCCGCCUCGUCCUCCCUGGCGAGCUCGCCAAGCACGCCGUCUCCGAGGGCACCAAGGCCGUCACCAAGUUCACCUCCUCCUAGGCUCCGGUCUUCUUCUCUGAGAGUUUCCCUCUUUUCUGGUUCCUGGCGGUGUGUGGUGAAUUGAUGUUACCCUGUAGUUAGAUUAUGUUCCGACUGUCAUCCUGUAAGAAAUCGUGCACUGUUAAUUGGGUCUGAAGUAAAACUGUUAUUCCCUCGGAAAUAUCUGAAGAAAUGCUAUUGUUCCUGCUUCA